AUGGCCGCCUGCUUAUUGUUUAUUGAAGUUUUAAGAGAAAAUGAGGACAAGGCUUUGCGUCGUGAACGCGUUUUCAGAGACAGGAGUCAAGUUCUAGAUAUGUUGACCGACAGCGAGCUCAUUGGGCGAUAUAGAUUUCCAAGGCGAGUUAUUCUGCAGCUGACAAACGAUGUCAAAGACUUCAUACAACCACAAACUUUCAGGUCGCAUGCCAUUCCAGCCCACAUCCAGUCAAUCACACUACUACAUUUUAUCAUUAUCUUUUAUUCAUUUUAUUUUAUUUACUUUUUUUUUUUGCUUGUCGAAGAUUUUGAACUAAUUUCCAGGCUGCCCUCACCCUCUUUUAUAAACAUACUACAGGUGUGUGAUGUCAACAGUACCUUUAAAUCAUUCCAGGUUCUAACAUGCUUGCGUUUCCUGGCUAAAGGAGACUACCUCUCAGAAACAACAGACAUUCAUGGGAUCUCCAAAUCAUCUGGUUGUCUGGCUGUUCAUCGAGUGGUCGAUGCUGUCUGCAAAGCUUUGCAGAACACGGAGUUCCCUACAAGGAGGGAACACAUUUCCCGUAUCAAAGCGUCGUUCUACAAGAUUGCUGGGUUCCCAAAUGUGAUUGGUGCCAUCGAUGGGACUCAGAUACCCAUACAAGGCAUGGGAACAGAUGAUGAACAUCUGUAUGUCUGCAGAAAGGGUUUUCAUUCCAUAAACGUGAAAGCGGUUGUAGACGCAGAUUUAAGGUUCACAAAUGCCGUCUGCAAAUUCCCAGGAGCAACCCAUGAUGCGUUCAUUUUGCAAAACAGCUCCUUGCCAAAUUUGAUUGAAAGCCUUCAGGAUGGAGGUUGGCUGAUAGGCGAUUCGGGUUAUCCCCUUAAAGAGUGGCUGAUGACUCCUAUCAGCAACCCGAGGAGUGGACAAGAAGAGCGGUACAAUUCGGCUCACAGUCGUACUAGAAAUGCUAUUGAAAGGGCAUUUGGUGUGCUUAAAGCACGUUUCAGGUACGUCACCUUUUAAUCAAAAUAUCAAAUUUAAUUCAGAUCAGGAAAUGGUGUAUUGAAAAAAAGGAUUUUCUUCUAAAAGAGUGAAAAGCCUAAAACAUUUCAAACUUAUAAAUCAACAGGUGCUUGCACAAAACUGGAGGAUGCUUACCUUAUAGACCAGACAAAUGCACGAAAAUAAUUGAAUGUGCUAUGAGGCUACACAACUUGGCCAUAAAUGAAAGGGUGCCUCUCAUGGUAGAAACUGAGGAAGAAGAUGAUGUCCAGCAACCAUUUGCUCCAGUUAUCCCCAACAAUUGUACUGCAGCAAUGCUGAGAGAUAGACUUGUACAAAGAUUUUGAAGAGGAGAUAACGACAAUGACAAUGGUUGAGAAUUUCCAGACUGGUGCAUGGAGUUGCUUAUGGAUUCAACUGCAAUGGUGCUUCUGCGUUGUAGUUCAAGCAUUUCUUCAAGAAUCUUGAUUUUUCUGGAUCUGUA